AUGGUCCACUCAGACCUGAAGAGGGACAAUGUGAUGGUGGUGAACCAUACUCAGAGGCCUCUGCACGUCAAACUGAUCGACUUUGGUUUGACCAUCCCCGCAAGUGAGACUGGGAGAUUUUUGACGAUCCACCAUGUGACGUACAGGCCGCCAGAAGUCAUUUUAGGCUCUGGUUGGGACGAAGGCCUGGACGUGUGGUGCCUGGGACUCAUCAUGUCUCAAUUGUGGCUUGGGUUUAAUUUAUUCCCUGAUGUGGAGUAUGAGGCUCUGAGAGUGAUGCACAAACUACUUGGUCCUCCUCCUGAGCACCUCCUCAAUAAAGGGAGUAAUACCAUCAACUUCUACCGAAGAAGUCGCAGCGGAUGGAACUUAAGGACUCGAGAGGACAUGAAGGCUUCUGUGAAUUAUGAAAUUAAAGAGGACGACGGUUCAGAAUCCUUCGAUUCCCUCACUCAACUGAUCACGGACGUUGUGGAGGAGGACGAAGUGAACACAGAACCAGCCUUAGACCUCCUCAAAAAGCUGUUGGACAUGGACAUGAACGACAGGAUUACUCCCAAACAAAUCCUGCAACACCCAGCCAUCUGUCAUGAACAAAAGGAUGACUUAACAAAUUCAGCUCACAGCGAGGAAGAGGAGGAGCACAUGCCUUUGAGUUGUUUGGAGAUCAAUGACAUUCUUCCUAAAGAAUACAAGGUCAUUAAGAUGUUGGCCAUUGGAAAGUUCGGGCAGUUUGUCAAAUGCAAAAACAAGAGCAUCAACAAGUUUGUGACAGUCAAGGUGCCGUAUUCCAACAACCGGACUCAGCGCGAGGUCAGGCUGCUCCAGAAGAUCACAAACUCUGGGAUGGAUCAUCAAAAUAUUGUCACAUUCGUAGACUCGAUCCAAACCAGUUAUGGAAAGGUUCUGGUGAUGGAAUGUCUUGACAUGAAUCUGUCUGCCUACAUCGACAAGCGCUACCCUCUACCACUGGGACACAUCCGGAGCAUUGUGAAGCAGACGGUCAAUGCAUUACAAGUCCUGGAGUGUAUAAAGGCUAUCCACACUGGGGUCACAGCAGAAAACAUCUUCAUCUGCAGUCUGUUCGCACAAACUCCCACAAUCAAACUGGCUGAUUUUGGUUCUGUGGUUCGGACAAAGAAGGCCAAGGCAGGCAUGAGGGUGCAGCAGCUCGCAUACAGCAGUGUUUCCCACACAUAG